CGGCAGUUGGGGCACGGGGCGCUCAGUUUGUCUCUCCGUGUCCCGACCAGUUUCUCCAGACAGGCCUCGCAGAAGACGUGGAGACAGGGCAGCACUCUGGGUCUCCGGUACUCCUCCAGACACACCGAACAUGACAGCUGGUUCGAUAGCUUCUCCAGCGCUUGCUGUGCCGGAUUUUGGGGCUUUUUCGACGUGGUGUUUUUCGAUGCCUACAACAAGAAGUUUGGCUCUGACGGAUCCCACGAGGCACUGGACUGGAAGGAAUGCACUGAGAGAGUUGAAGAGUUCAAAAGACAGUUCAUACAUCAGAAUAUCAUUGACACUGACAUCGAUGAAAUGUCAAUGAUGCAGUGGCUUGGAUCUCUUCAGAUUCAUGAUUUCUACAGCACAAAGCAGAGACUGUUAAGUGCACAACGUUCAGAAGAAGAACUGCUAAUUAAAGGGGCUGAACCCCCAGUAGGGAAAGAGAAAACUGGGACAAAAGAAGACACAAAGGUUUCUGAAGAAUCUAGUAAUGAUGUAUGACAUAUCGAAUAUUAAUCACGUAAAU